UCCUUUUGUGUGAUUCACUGUAUUGAGCAUGAGCCAAGCUGGAAGCACAACGUAGCCAAACAGAGCAACAUUUCGGUUGUGGGCGGUGUACUUGCACCAUAUUCACGCGCCUUCGUUCUCAUCAACGGGAUGACGCUUCCUGCAAACGACGCCUUCUCGUUAGGCCUCGCGCACAACCAGCCCUGUCGCUCGAGCUCGCGCGCCCGCACUCCGUCACUUCCACGUCGCUCCUCUUCCCCAAAAAUAUCAUUUUCUCCACCUUCCACGUCAAGCAGCCUCGUCUUCUCGUCACAGCCAGCAAAUGGAAUGCCUGCGAAGAGGGGACAUAAGCGCAAGGCAUCUGCAAGAAACGGUUCCCAACAGCUGAAACAGAACGGAGAGGCGACGAUAGAGGAACUCGUAGAAGAGGUAGACGCGCGGAUAGCACGCGAGCGCAAGCUGUCCCCCGGCAGCUCACCUGAUAAGCGCAACACUUUGAAAAAACAGAUUGAUUGGGAGAUUCCUCGCAAGGCGUUGCAUUCAUCCAUUGGUUUCUUUACGAUUUACCUAUACACUUCCAAAGGCAACCCACAGACAGUUGUUAUUGCCUUGAGCUCUGCCCUUGCUGUCCUUGUUCCAAUAGAUGUCCUCCGCCUAAAGUACCCCCUCUUCGAACGUGCUUUUGAGAAAUGUGUUGGCAUCUUUAUGCGCGAUAGUGAAAAGGCAAGCGUAACUCACACUGGGCAUGCAUUCUGACCUCACGUAUCCUUAGAAAUCAUCCAAUGGUGUUAUAUGGUAUAUUCUUGGCGCCAACACUGCGUUAAUCGCGUUGCCUCUCGACAUCGCAGUUGUCUCAAUUCUUAUGUUUGUGCCUUUCCUCUGUUUUGCCAUUCCCUGUUUAUCGUACUAUAACAGCCUUUCUUGGGCUGACACAGCCGCAUCCACUUUCGGUCGUCUCUGGGGCCCACUCACACCCCCGCUCCCUGCACGACUCCUUGGUCUUCCUCUUGCCCCUCGUAAAAGUCUGGCGGGCUUUAUUGCAGCCUCACUCACAGGCGCUACCGUCGCUGCCGGAUUCUGGACGUACCUUGGCCCCAUGAGAGACAACUUGACGUGGUCCUGGGACGCUGGUGUAUCGAGUACGUUUAGUGGUGGGAGCGCGGAAGGUGGGAAGGUCUUCAGU